GCCACCGAGCCAUCACCAGCAGCAGAAACAGCAACAAUUGUGGAGGAAACAGCAACAAAAAUUAGCAACAACAACACCGCUCUGAUGCCUUAGCGCUUGCGUAUUUUGUUGAUAUUUGCAAGCCAUCCGAGAGGAAAGAGGCCGAGAACGGAACCGAUGCUGCGCCUACUCGUCUCCAACUGCUGCCGCAGUAGCAGCGGCGGCGAUCUGCUCAGCCGCCACCUGCUGCAGCCGACAUCGCAGCCACUGCCACGCCUCCAGAAUGCCGCCCGCCUGAUUCGCCAACAUUGGAGAGGCACGCACACCACGCCCCCGACGCCAAUGCCGCCCUCGAAUGCCACCCGCCUGCUACACACCACACGACUGCUGCUCUGGGGCGGCGGCAGUCUGGCCCUGGGCAUGGGCGCUCGAUCGUGGUGGGCGGGGCGAGGCUGUGUGGUGCACUGCGAGGGCAACCGCCUGGCACUGCGCGAGGUGCCAGAAAUAGACGAGGACGCGAAGGCGGAGAAGUUCGACUGGCGGAAACUCUGGUCCUACCUGGAGCCACAUCUUUGGGAGCUAAUAGGCGCCGUAUGCGCCGCGUUAAUAGUGGCAUACAUCAACAUCCGCAUCCCAAAUCUGCUCGGUGUUCUGGUCAACACACUGGCGCACUAUGCCAACACCUAUGUAACGCCCAACUCCUUUGUGAAGGACGUAAGCAAGCCGGCCAGCAAUCUGCUCAGCCUCUACAUGCUCCAGUCGGGCUUCACCUUCAUGUAUAUCUACCUCCUUAGUCGCGUGGGCGAGCAGAUGGCGGCCCGGAUGCGGCAAGACCUCUUCAAACAGAUCGUUGUCCAGGACAUAGCCUUCUUCGAUGAGAAUCGAACGGGUGAGCUGGUCAACCGACUGACAGCUGAUGUCCAGGACUUUAAGGCCUCGUUCAAGCAGUUCGUGGCUCAGGGAUUGCGGAGUACUGCUCAGCUAAUUGGCGGCGGGAUAUCCCUCCUCAUGAUAUCCCCCCACAUGGCGGUCAUUGCCCUGGUCAGUGUGCCGUGCGUGGUCAUGGUCAUGUCCUAUAUGGGUAAAAAACUGAGAUCGCUGAGCAAAAACUCGCAGGCGCAGUCAGAACGAGCGACGGGCGUUUGCGAGGAGGCCUUGUCGAAUAUCCGGACGGUUCGGUCCAGUGCCUGCGAAUACCGGGAGAUGCAACUGUUCGAGACGGAAACGAAUGAGGCCGCCCGUUUGGCGCAAGAGCUCGGCUACGGCAUUGCCAUCUUCCAGGGCCUGACCAAUUUCUUCCUCAACACACUAGUCCUAUCCACACUGUUCAUGGGCGGCCAUAUGAUUUCCACGGACAGCCUCACGCCGGGCGCUCUGAUGGCCUUCCUGGUCGCCUCUCAGGGCGUGCAGCGAUCCCUCGCCCAGGGCUCCAUACUACUGGGCACGAUGAUCCGGGGCAUGAGCGCCGGUUCCAGAGUCUUUGAAUUCCUCUCCCUGCAGCCCCAGGUGGAGCUGCUGCGUGGCUAUGUGAUUCCUCAAGAGCGAUUGCACGGCGAGAUUCGCUUCGAAAACGUAUCCUUCGCCUAUCCCAUGCGACCUGAACAGGUGGUCCUCAAGGACUUCAGCCUCGUUCUCCGUCCCGGUCAGACGGUGGCUCUGGUGGGCGCUAGUGGCUCUGGGAAAUCAACCAUCGCCGCCUUGGUGGAACGUUUCUAUGAGCCCACAUCGGGCAACAUCAAGAUCGACGGUUACAAGCUCUCCGACAUUUCGCCGUACUGGCUGCGCGCCAAUGUCCUGGGCUUCAUCGAACAGCAGCCGGUCCUCUUUGGCACCUCGAUCUUCGAGAACAUUCGCUACGGCAAGCCGGACGCCGGCGUGGAGGAUGUCUAUGCCGCGUCGCGUCUCUCGCAGUCGCAUGACUUUGUGACCGCCCUGCCGGACGGCUAUGACACGCACGUGGGCGAACGGGGCACCCAGUUGAGUGGCGGACAGAGGCAGCGCAUCGCCAUUGCCCGGGCGCUGCUGAAGAAUCCCCGUGUCCUCAUUCUGGACGAGGCGACGAGCGCCCUGGAUGCCACCAGCGAGGCGGAGGUACAGAAGGCACUGGACACGGUCGUACAGAAUCGAACCACCCUAGUCAUUGCUCACCGGUUGUCCACCAUCCGGAAUGCGGAUCUAAUUGUUGUCAUGGAUCAGGGACGUGUCGUGGAGACUGGAAAACAUGACGAGCUGAUGGCCAAACGAGGCCUCUACUUUGAGCUGGUGCGUCAGCAAGAGCGCCGAGACAUUCAGGAUCAGGUCCAGAUAAAGGACAACAUGGUGUCCAACACUGAGGCUGCAAAUACACAAGCUAAGGAUACGGCAACGUCGAUGGGAGCCACAACGGCGACAACGACCUUCAAGGACAUCCCACAAAGCAGGGCCAACACCGCCCACGGCUGACGACGACCGUUUUUUGGUUGAGGAGCGACUAUAGGAAAAUUUCCGAUGAUUCCCUGUACACUUACACUUAAUUUAUUAGAACGUUUUUGUUUUCCAAUUAUAUUUUUUAUUUUAAAAACACUGACCAAACAAUGAAAGCUACAAAAACAGAAAAAAAAAUACGAAAGAAAUCUAAAACUGGUAAGAGAUUCUAAUAUAAGUUAACAAUCAAAUAAACGCUGAAUACAGUAUUGUUUUUGUUAUAAAAA